GGCAAUACACCACUUCAUCACGCCAUUCAGGCAAGCUCAGCUCCUAUUACAAGCGCCCUGAUCGCAACUGGAAAGGCGAGCGUUGCCAUGAAGAAUAAAGAUGGCCGUACACCACUUUCUUUGGCUUGUUUGAACGGCAAUAAAAGCUUGGUAAAAUAUCUCCUCGAUAAUUCCCAGGCUGAUAUCAACACUCAGGACAUCUAUGGGAGAACACCUGUUCAUAACUGUAUUUGGAUGGAAGACGCGGAUAUGUUGCGCCUGCUUCUGCAGACAGGUCAAGCAAAGCUCAACGUGAUGGAUAAUUUCCGGUGUACACCACUACUGCUUGCUGCUUAUCAGAGUAAAUGGCACAUGGCCUGUCUACUGUUGAACUAUAAACAGGCCGUGAACAUGAAGGGCCAGAAAGGAAGGACAGUGCUGAUCUGGGCCAUCAUACAUGGACAAACAGACAUAGUCAGGCUGCUUGUGUCUUUGGAGCAAACCAAUCUCGCCGUGCGAGAUGAGGAAGGACUUACACCAUUAUCUCACGCAGCUCAACAGGGGAGUGAAGAGAUAAUUCGGGUGUUGCUUGGCAAACCUGGUAUCGACGUUGAUGCCAAGGAUGAUGCUGGGAUGACUGCGCUU